AUCUCUUACGAUUGUCGCGAAAACCGGACGGAAACCGACGACCGUCAGUUGUAGUCCUGUCGUCAUCUGUCGCGCAGUUAUCGGUAACUUCAAGACUCGCCGGAUUCCGCGAUCAAUAUUUAUUGCGGACGACUUCCAAAUGCGUGCGGCCAACUCUGACAAUAUUAUACUUGAAUCGUUUCCAUUCCAUAUUCAUAUCUGAACACAAUUCACUCAAGGAAAACCAUGGACCAGACUGAAGCUAUUACGAAGACGAAAGAAUUUUACGAAACAUCUAAUAUUGUUGCAGAAAAUAUUAUUUUUCAAAAAAUUCCUGAACGAUUAGUACAUUUAUAUGAGUUAAUCAACAAGCCCGAGUAUCGUAUUCCGGUAAAUUACAUAGAAUUUAAAUUUGAUACCACCGUUAUUGCUAAAAUAGAAAAUAAUGUUAACAAUUAUGCUGAAGGGGAAACUCCAAAUGAUACUGAUCCAGAACAAAUGCUCAUACCGUCCAAUAAAAAUCUAACUGAAUAUUUUGAAAUUCUGAAAUCCAAUAUGAUACAAUUACUUGAAGAUAAUCGUGUUUUAAAAAUGUGGAUAACGUUGUUAAUACCAAAAACUGAAGACGGCGACAAUUUCGGAGUAUCCAUUCAAAAAAAUGCCCUUUCAUUGAUACAGCAGAUUGAGUCAGCAACAAUAACUUAUUUUGGAAAAUUGUCUCGCUAUUAUGAGUACCGUGGAAAACUUAUUUCCAAAAUAGUAAAGUACCCAUUUAUAGAAGACUAUCAGAUUGCUGCUAACGAAUUUGAUGAAAAACAAAAUAUAGACAUUUCCAUGGUCAUGCACGAAAUUUAUUUUUUCUAUACAAUAUUAUAUAAUGUUAUCAACAAGAACUUUGAAAAAAUUAAAAAUCCACGGUCGUCAAAUAUUGACUGUCUAUACUAAGCACAGUAGAAUCAUACUAAAUUUUUUUUAAUUUGAAUUUACCUAUAUCUAACUGGAUUAUAUCAAUCCUUUAAAAUACUUAGACUUGUUUUAAAAAAUAAAAUGUAUCUAUUAUAGAUACAGAUAGGUACAGAUAAGAUUUUUUUUAAAAACCAUUUACUUUUUCCGAUUGUGAGAUUAAAAAUAAUUAAUAGGUCAUCACUAAAUACCUAACAAAAAAAAAACUAUACUGUUAAAAUAUAGUUUAUACGAGUAUAUACCUACUUAUACAAACUUAUGAACACGUAAAUAAUACUUGUAAGACGGUCUUCGACCUGCAAUUUUUCACUUCAGUACAAAAUGUUGACAAAGGAACGUAUGUUACCUAUAUAGCUAGGUAAUAAGAAUUCAAAAUGAUCGUUUUGUAUACAAAUUGCAUCUAAUAAGCGUAUUCCACAAAUUCACAAACGAUAACGAAAUCAUUUAAAAAACGUGAUAUGCGAUUGGUCCAAUUACGCGUUAUAAUAUAGUUUUUUUGUGAUACGUAUCUAUAUAAUAAAAUAUGUAUAAUGUGCACUCGGCAGCUGGAGUAUGGUUUACAAAACAGAACUAAACAUUAUCAUUGCGACACGCAAAAUUGUGUCAGCGAAAAAUACCGAAAUUAUCAGUCCGUAACCACGCCGUUGUACGUAUACUAGAUAGACAUAUUAUUUAGUAACCAAUAAUUAGGAAUACCGGACUACAGCCGAGCUGAUAAAAUAUUGUAUCACAUCGUUUUCCACGUCGUUAUCGUGAUCAUUAUCUAUUUUAUUAUAUUCUUAGACUUGUCACUUUACACAAUUUUAAUAAUGAUUUCAUAUGAAAAACAGAAGUUUGCAUUACUAUAAGAUAUAAACUUAUAAGAUUAUUUCAUUACUUGUAACAUUAAUUAGAUGUGGGUUUUAGUAGCUAUUGAUAAUUUUAGUUUUGUAAGUUUAUAAUA